UCAAGGCAGUGACUCCGCUGCGGCCAGCGCCGCCGCCGCCACCGCCGCCGCGCGCAGUUCAAUACCCGCCGGAGGUGGGCCAAAGGGUGCUAGAGCGCGGGGGAGGAGCGGAGCCCGGCGCGUCCCGGGAGAACCGCCACCGCCCCCAGGAGUCCGCUGGAGCGCGGAUCCCCCUGCAGGGGAGGAGGAGAGCGGCGGGCGGGACGCGGCGGCGGGCGCGCACCAUGCAGUCCCGGCGGGGCCAGCGCUGGCUGCUCGCCGUGCUGUGAGGCGGCGGGAUCCCCCGGUCGCCGCACACCGCCUUCCUCUUGCCCAGGUGCUGCCAGGCGCGCUCGCCCUUCGUCCGGCUCCCGGACCCUGGUGGAACGCACGGCCUGCCCCGCGUCCUGCCCCGCCCGGAUCAUGCGGGGGGGCUCGCAGGAGGUGGGGGCGAAUGACCGGUCUGCGGCGACCUCGUUCAGGGGACGACCCCCUCUUUGAGACGCCCCCACCUGCUGCCAUGUGCUGCCUCCUCGGGUACCCAGCCUAUCGCCAAACUUUCCCGAUGCCAGCCUGUCUCUGAGUCGCGUUUCUGAGCGAAGUGUCCCAGAGACGGAGGGCCCAGGCUGGCUACGGACUAUCUGCUUCUCUCGGGAUCCUCAGAGAGUACUUUCCUUGGAAUCGGAGCCCUAACCGUCCCUCCCCAGCCCUCUCCAGCGAAGAGCUGAGCGCUCCCUGAGGAGGCAGCGCCCUCACGAAACAGUUUAUCUUUGGACGGAUUUCUUUAAAAGAAAAAGAAACCAACAGGUUGCCAGUCCCGGCGCCACACAAGUCGGCGGAGAGGGAAGCCCGGAUCCCGGUUUCCCCUGCCUGAGCUGGCCCCGCGCUGGCUGCGGGAGACGAGGGGAGGGAGGGGGCUAUGGCUCGGCCAGACCCGUCCGCGCCGCCUUCGCUGCUGCUGCUGCUCCUAGCGCAGCUGGCGGGCCGGGCGGCGGCCGCCUCCAAGGCCCCAGUGUGCCAGGAAAUCACAGUGCCUAUGUGCCGCGGCAUCGGCUACAACCUGACGCACAUGCCCAACCAGUUCAACCACGACACGCAGGACGAGGCGGGUCUGGAGGUGCACCAGUUCUGGCCGCUGGUGGAAAUCCACUGCUCGCCGGACCUGCGUUUCUUCCUGUGCUCCAUGUACACGCCCAUCUGCCUGCCCGACUACCACAAGCCGCUGCCGCCCUGCCGCUCGGUGUGCGAGCGCGCCAAGGCCGGCUGCUCGCCGCUCAUGCGCCAGUAUGGCUUUGCCUGGCCGGAACGCAUGAGCUGCGACCGCCUCCCGGUGCUGGGCCGCGACGCCGAGGUCCUGUGCAUGGAUUACAACCGCAGCGAGGCCACCACGGCGCCCCCCAGGCCCUUCCCGGCCAAGCCCACCCACUCAGGCCUGCCGGGGUCGCCGGCCUCGGGGAACGACUGCGCCGCCGGGGGCCCGUCGGUGUGCAAGUGCCGCGAGCCCUUCGUGCCCAUUCUCAAGGAGUCGCACCCGCUUUACAACAAGGUGAGGACGGGCCAGGUACCCAACUGCGCGGUGCCCUGCUACCAGCCGUCCUUCAGCCCCGACGAGCGCACGUUCGCCACCUUCUGGAUCGGCCUGUGGUCUGUACUGUGCUUCAUCUCCACCUCCACCACGGUGGCCACCUUCUUAAUAGACAUGGAACGCUUCCGCUACCCUGAGCGCCCCAUCAUCUUCCUGUCAGCCUGCUACCUGUGCGUGUCUCUGGGCUUCCUGGUGCGUCUGGUCGUGGGCCAUGCCAGCGUCGCCUGCAGCCGCGAGCACAGCCACAUCCACUACGAGACAACGGGCCCUGCGCUGUGCACUGUCGUCUUCCUGCUGGUCUACUUCUUUGGCAUGGCCAGUUCCAUCUGGUGGGUCAUCCUGUCGCUCACCUGGUUCUUGGCGGCUGGCAUGAAGUGGGGCAACGAGGCCAUUGCGGGCUAUGCGCAGUACUUCCACCUGGCCGCGUGGCUCAUCCCCAGUGUCAAGUCCAUCACUGCGCUGGCACUGAGCUCCGUGGACGGGGACCCGGUGGCCGGCAUCUGCUACGUGGGGAACCAGAACCUGAACUCGCUGCGCGGCUUCGUGCUGGGCCCGCUGGUGCUCUACCUGCUGGUGGGCACGCUCUUCCUCCUGGCGGGCUUCGUGUCGCUCUUCCGCAUCCGCAGCGUCAUCAAGCAGGGCGGCACCAAGACGGACAAGCUGGAGAAGCUCAUGAUCCGCAUCGGCAUCUUCACGCUGCUCUACACUGUGCCAGCCAGCAUCGUGGUCGCAUGCUACCUGUACGAACAGCACUAUCGCGAGAGCUGGGAGGCUGCGCUCACCUGCGCGUGCCCCGGCCCGGACUCUGGCCAGCCGCGCGCCAAGCCCGAGUACUGGGUGCUCAUGCUCAAGUACUUCAUGUGCCUUGUGGUGGGCAUCACGUCGGGCGUUUGGAUUUGGUCCGGCAAGACUGUGGAGUCGUGGCGGCGCUUCACCAGUCGCUGCUGCUGCCGCCCGCGGCGGGGCCACAAGAGCGGCGGCGCCACGGCCGCCGGGGACUACGCCGAGGCGAGCGCAGCGCUCACGGGCAGGACCGCGCCGCCGGGCCCCGCCGCCGCCGCCGCCGCCUAUCACAAGCAGGUGUCCCUGUCGCACGUGUAGGAGGAGGCCGAGGCCGAGGGACCGGGACCGGGGCCGGGAGUUGAGGGAGGGAGGUUGUUUUGUUUGGUAGCUUUGCCAAGGUCACUUCCGUUUACCUUCUUGGUGCUGAUGCCCCCUCCCGGGGCAGCUUGGAGAGAGGGGAGAGGGACGGUUUCAAGGGGAGUACCUGUCCCAGGACUUCUCAAAGGGGCCCAGCUCACGUCUGUUCUAUCUUACUGCCUUUUCAAGAGGAACCCUGUUUUUAAUUUAUAUGUAGUUUUCUUAAUUUUUAACUUUGUUGCAUUUUGGCAACAAAAUUUACCUUUGCUUUGGGGGCUUUACAAUCCUAAAGUUGGCAUUAUAAUGAAGUUCCACUUGGUUCAGGUUUCUUUGAACUGGGUGGUCUAAAUUGGGAAAAUAUAUUUCCUAUACUUCUGUCUUUAAAAAUAAUGUGAACAGUGAAAGUUGCUGUGACUGGGAAGUUGUUCCGUGUGCUUUUCCAGGUUGUUUCUCCUUCCACUGCUUAAAGUGUCCAAGAUGCUUUAAGGUGAGCUGCUUGUCCCUGUUUAUAGUUCCUAAGUUAGGGGACACCCUAAGUCAUACCAAGGAGGGGUAGCAUAAUGUGGUUAGGGCCUCCGGAAAGUGACAAGGUUAGGCAAUGUUUAGAGAUUCUAAUGUGACCGUCCUAGCUUCGUUUAGCAAGCUUCGGUUUCUUUUUUAUAGUACUUGUAAUCAUUCUCGUUCUUAACAGUGCCAGCUUUGCUUGAAUAAGUUAGAGGUAGCAUUGCAGUGUCCGGAAUAAAUAUUUGGAAGAAUGUGAACCUAAGGGAUGGUGAUUGGUUGAACUUGAAUUCUAGACUGUUAAGAUGGCAGCUUUGUGCCCGAGGAGUGGGUGGUUCUUUUUUUUUUUUUUUUAACAUCUAUAGUGAGUGGUUCUUAAUAGGCUUUGGUGAUGCCACUUUUUUAAACUUGUGUUAAAACUUUGGUAAAAAUAAACCCACUUCCUUCUCUUCUGGCAGGACUUAGUGAUAGUGCUGAAGGGGGUUCCUUUUUACAUUUAAGGACUAAAAUGGAUAUAACUCCUGUAAUUAAGUAAAUUUCCAACACCUGUCUUAUCUGCUCCACACACCCCCCCCCACCCCCAUCCCACCUCCUUUAUCAUGUUAAACAGUCUUUUUGCUUUUCUUAUUCCUCCUCUCCUGGAGGGCUGUGAUUAGAAACCACACCCACCCUUGAAUGAGGUGCUUGAACGGGGGGAGGGAGGCUGGCUACCUGUGAACAAACACUGGCAGCGAUGAGGGAAAAUAAGUGUCCCUGGACUUUGGACUAGAUUACAGCCAGAUAUUCCAGAAGCAUCGAGACACUGCUCUCUGCGGCCUCUGGAAACAAAUGAAACCCAUAACACCCUUGCAUAAGCUUUUAAAACAUGGAUCAGUGUAGCAAAAGGAAAGCUGUUCCCCCCGCCCCCCUCGCCUCAAUAUAUUUUUCUCUUCCUCCUCUUCUGAGAAAGCCUAUAUAGCGAUGAGCACACACUUUACUGUUAGAGAAUUCUGUUUGCUUUCCUAAUCUAUCUGACCAUUCAUUCAAGAAGAGUGUGAGGCCAUUACUGGGGAAGGGGGUGACAGUGCAUUGGCCAGCAGAAUACCAGUGACCAGGACUGAGUGGGAACUAAAUUUAAGAAGCUAAAAUGGCAAAAACAAUUAAAAUUUGGGGACGUCUCCCUAGAGAAACAAGUGUAGGGAUUUGCGCUUCAUUUAUACCAAAGUUGGAAAAGUCAGAUUUAAGCCCAGGCCAGUUUUUACAUUGUGGAUAUUAAGUAAACAAGUGUAUACUUUCCAUAGUGGAUUUAAGCACUUUGCUGGUGGAAAGAAGCCUGUUGUUAUAGUUUUCAUGGACUUUCAAAAGCUAUUCACGUUUAUAAAAAUGCACUGCUCUUACACACUCAUCCUCUGAAUCAAAAUGUCAGUAUAUUCGACAAAACCUUGUACACAGAGCUACAGAACUUUUUGCACAUCUAAUUCCUCUACUUGUUCAGAAGAAGCUUCUUAGAACCUUGAAAUAGAUCCCCUGCCUGAGGGCCAGUUCCUCUCUUGUUUUUCAAAUGAGGAACUUUUCUGAUCACCUUGACCUCUUCCCUCAGUUAACAUGUCUUCCCAGAAAGCACAUAGAUUAUUCUGCUGCCUUAGGUCAUUGUGACUAAUUUGGGUUUUUCCUCUUCCUUUUUUUUUUUUUGUGGAGGAGUGUAAAGAUGACGCAGAAUGUAUCUAAAAGUUGUGGGAUGAUGUGGUUGAAGUGAUUUAAUUCUUCCUUUUAAAACAACUAUUUUCCAUUUUGGCAACAUACCAAACCUAAAAAGAACAACCAAUUUACUUAAAAAAAAAAGACAGUUAAGACACAGGAUACUAAGCCAAGGAGAAGCAAUACAGGUAAUGCAUUUGGAGAUCUAGGUCCAGGCCAACUCUCAGAGCUGCCUCUGUUUUCAGCCUCUGUUUUCACCGCUGCUCUCCCCCUCCCUUACCUCAAAGAUGAAGCCCACCUGCUUCCCUCAAGUUUUACCUCAGCCACCCCUCCUGCUACCCAGGGCAGAGAAGCCCAUCUAUUUAUGGUCGCCCCCUAUUUCCAUCUCAUAUGCUGUUUUCUUCUGAUUUUUAUUUUUAUUAGGCAAACAAUCCGUACUCAUGAAAACAAUUACAAAAUGAAAGGUUGUGGGUUGGUUUAGCAACUUCUUCACAGCCAGCUCUGUGAUUUUAGGAAGGAUUUAAGGCCCAGUUUAGUUUCACAGGUACAGCUUUUGGGCUGUCCCUUUCAUGGUUCAAUUGUAAGCAACGUCCCCCGUCAUAGAUUUUAGGGGUAAAGAUUUAGAAGGAACUAAUAUGUGACCUCUCAGUAAAUCAGUUGCCAAGACUUAGGAAGUCGUUUUAAUUUAUAUUCUUAACCUCACACUUUGAAGUUGUCUAAAUUGGCUGAAAAUAAGUAUUCUUGGUGCCUUAUUGGUUUAUCCUUGCAAACCUUUGUCGUGUUUUCUCGUAGUCAUUUCCAGUGAUAAGCCUGUGUGUGUGUUGUGUGUAAUUGUGAGCAAUGUACAAGCUUAAAUAAUGUGCUGACAGCACUGUUUCCAAGUUGGUAUUCAUUAGGCCGUUUCCUCCUGGGCUAGGGCUGCACUAAUCCUGACACCGGCUGCCAGGAGAAAACCUCAUGGAUCCCACACCGCACCUUAAUAACAGCAUCCGUGACCUGCAGUCUCAAGUACAGAAUGGGAACCCCAGAGCUAGGAAAUGUAGUUGUAUAUUUUAAUGAACUGCUAUCCCUGCUAAAGAGGCUUCUUUCACUUUUGUGCUCUACAGAAAGACCAAGGGGGGUAGGAGGGACAAAGCUUUGAAUAACUGCUUUCUAACACCGAAUGUGGCCAACAGGAUAGAGAACAUCACAAAUCUAGGCAGGUGUGAGGUACAGUGGCUGAGGAUUUCCUGCUCCCCCUGCAUGCCCUUUCUUGCCUCCAAAGUCCAAUCAAGUGAUCCUGGGAAAGAAAUACACCUAGGUUGAGGAGGGUGGUUUUGAAAGCAAAAGCUACCAAGACAUUAAAGCAGGGUGAAUGAAGGGUAGGCAGGAUGAAAGUAAGUAACCUGGCUCAGAACUCUCAAAAGCUUCUAGCAGCUUGAUGACAAUUACAGGAUUUAUUUCAGUCUGUGGUACAUCGUUUGAAGACGAUAUUACUUCAUGUUGUUACAAACUGUAUGUAUAGUAUGUAUGUGUUGUGGGUGUGUAUAUAAAUAAUAUAUAUUAUAUAUAUGAGAGAUUUAGUGACUUUUGAUACGGGUUUGGUGCAGGUGAAUUUAUUACUGAGCCAAAUGAGGCACAUACUGAGUCAGUAGUUCGAGUCCAGGGCAUUCAAUACUUUUUCUGAUUUCCGUGUAUGUGUAGUGCCUGUCCCAUGCGGUAUUGUCAGUGUCAUGUCAAAUCCAGAACUCAAAGCAGAGCCAGCGAUAUUUUAUUUGUAGACAAUCAACUAGCGUCUAUACAAUGAUUACUGGCAGAUGAUUUUAAUUCCAGGGUCCCUAACACUAGCAAAAGGAAACCCAGAGCAUCUUGAUAAGAAGUUUUCUGUUUUUGUUUUGUUCCUGGAGGUCAGUAGAAAAGCAGUUGUAUGUGGUUAUAUUAGUGUCAAGAUACUUAAUUUGCUGACCUUAUUAUUUCAGAAAAAAAAAUGUAUGUAUUAUAUUUGUGGGAAGUUAAAAUAAUGCUUUGAGAUUUUUAUCAAAUAUGGAGAGUAGUUAUUUAUGAAAAACAAAGAAAUGUCUAUUUUUGUUUCUUUGUUCCCAAUUCAUGUAGAUAAAUUUUAAAGUGCAUUAAAGCAAUGGUAAAGCAAAUAAGAUGCUGUACAAGUAUUUUUCUCAUGCUUUUAUGGAGAGACACUGUUUUCUAAGAGUAUCUGAAGGAGGUAUGUGCAUUCUAAUUUCAUGAUCAGAUUUCUCAGAUGUACUUUGAAUAUAAGUGGCAAUGUUUUUAUUGAUAAUAAAAUCAAGGAAAUUCCAAUCACCAGAAGGAGAACUAAUGAAAACAUGUUUUACCUGAAUAUACUUCAUAGGUUUCUCCUGCUGAUCCUGUGAUUGUUUCAUGAUUCACUUGAAGAAAUGAAGGAAAAUACACGUAAGAACAGA